GAUAAACAGAUCUGUUCACACCGACUAGCAGCGCUGCCUGCGUCAAUAAAAGGCAGCAGCAGAGGCAGGGAGCUGACAUUUGGUGCUUGGAGGAUUAUCGUCGCAGUCGCUUCACGUUAAAGUAAAAUGCCAGGAUUUUUUUUUUCCCAAAACAGCAUGACUGAAUUAAAUGGAAAAGACGACUGCAAGCUUGCAGAAGGCAAAAUCCAUAAAAAGAAGCAAAAGGCUUUUGGUGCAGACCUCAAAAAUUACUUGAAGUGCAUGGUACCACAUAUUGAAUCUGGAAUCAAGACUUCCAACCCUAGAAAUGCCAUGCUUUCUGCAGAGGAAGUUAUACAGUGGUCACAGUCUUUGGAAAAGCUCUUGGCCAGCCAAAGUGGUCAAGGUGUCUUUCGGGAGUUCCUGAAGUCAGAGUUCAGUGAGGAAAACAUUGAGUUCUGGUUGGCUUGUGAGGAUUACAAGAAAACCAAGUCUGAUCACUUACAUGGCAAAGCAGAGAAGAUUUACGAGGAGUUUGUACAGUCAGAUGCUAUUAAACAGAUCAAUAUUGACUAUCAGAUGAGGGAAGCAACAGCCAAAAGGGCUCAAGAUGCAACACACACCAGUUUUGAUGAAGCCCAGAGAACAGUGUACAUCCUUAUGGAAAGGGAUUCAUAUCCCAGAUUUUUAAAAUCCAAGGCCUACCUGAACCUUUUGAACCAGUUGCAAACAAACUCUUCCAAAUAA